AAGCGGGCGCCGCCGGUCUGGGGCGCGCGCGUGGAGCGCGGCCUUUAAGCGGGGCUCGGCGGGUGCCUGACCGCUUUGGCGCUUCCUGACUGAACGCCGCGGGGGCUUCGCUGCAGCGCGUGGCCGGGGCCUUCUGAGGGCGGGAUUUCGAGUUUGUGCCGGCGGACACCGUGCGGACGGCCGCGGCUCGCAGCCGGCUGUGUGUGGUGGUCUGUGGCGGCGCUCGCGGGGCGCAAGCGAACAGUCGCUGCACCGUGAUACCGCCUGGUGCCGUGGGUGCGCCCGCACGGCGGGGAGGGCGCGGGGUGACGCGCCGAGGAGGUGGAGGCUGCCGAGCGAGCUUACCGGAGAAUGGAGAGAAGGUCAGGCUGUUCGGAUUUACCUCGGAGAUCCAGCCUCGUCGCCGUGGCCGUUCACGACGCCGAUCGCCUCGCGGAGGCACCUCGCGGGCCUCCAGCGACUUUGCGGGACGGUCUCUUCCAGGCGAGUUCGGUUCCCUGCCGGCGAGUGUGGACGGAGACGGACGCCGGGUGCGCGCCCGCUACUCUACUAAAAGCUAGAAUGAAACAGUUGCCUGCAGCAACAGUGCGCCUCCUUUCAAGUUCUCAAAUAAUCACUUCAGUGGUCAGUGUGGUGAAAGAGCUCAUUGAAAACUCCUUGGAUGCAGGUGCCACAAGCAUAGAUGUUAAACUGGAGAACUAUGGAUUUGAUAAAAUUGAGGUACGAGACAAUGGUGAGGGUAUCAAGGCCAUUGAUGCACCUGUAAUGGCAGUGAAAUACUAUACUUCAAAAAUAAAUAGUCAUGAAGAUCUUGAAAAUUUGACAACUUACGGUUUUCGUGGAGAAGCCUUGGGAUCAAUUUGUUGUGUAGCUGAGUGUUUUUUUUUUAUAUUCCAGGUUUUAAUUACUACAAGGACAGCUUCCGAUAAUUUUAGCACCCAGUAUGUUUUAGAUGGCAGCGGCCACAUAAUUUCUCAAAAACCUUCACAUCUUGGUCAAGGUACAACUGUAACUGCUUUAAAAUUGUUUAAGAAUCUCCCUGUAAGAAAGCAGUUCUACUCAACUACUAAAAAAUGUAAAGAUGAAAUUAAAAAGGUCCAGGAUCUCCUCAUAAGCUAUGGUUUACUUAAGCCUGACUUACGGAUUGUUUUUAUACAUAACAAGGCAGUUAUUUGGCAGAAAAAUAGAGUAUCUGAUCAUAAGAUGGCUCUCAUGUCUGUUCUGGGGACUGGCGUUAUGGGCAAUAUGGAACCCUUUCAGUACCGCGCUAAAGAAUCUCAGAUUUAUCUAAGUGGAUUUCUUCCAAAGCAUGAUGCAGACCACUCUUUAACAAGUCUUUCAACCCCAGAAAGGAGUUUUAUCUUUAUAAACCAACGACCAAUACAUCAAAAAGACAUAUUAAAGUUAAUCCGACAUCAUUACAAUCUGAAGUGCCUAAAGGAACCAACUCGUUUGUAUCCCAUUUUCUUUCUGAAAAUUGACGUUCCUACAGCUGAUGUGGACGUAAAUUUAACACCAGAUAAAAGUCAAGUAUUAUUACAGAAUAAGGAAUCUGUUUUAAUUGCUCUUGAAAAUCUGAUGACGACUUGUUAUGGAUCACUACCUAGUACAGAUUCUUACGAAAAUAAUAAAACAGAUGUUUCCUCAGCUGACAUCGUUGUUAGUAAUACAACAGAAACAGAUGUGCUUUUUAAUAAGAUGGAAUCAUCUGGAAAUAAUUAUCCAAAUGUUGAUACUUCAGCCAUUCCUUUCCAAAAUGAUGUGCAUAAUGAUAAAUCUGGGAAAAAUACUAAUUAUUGUUUAAAUCAUCAGAUACAUGUUGAUGACCAUUAUGAUGAUCAGUAUAAUAGUGAAAAUUCCAACAUUGCUAGAAACAGUAGAAAUACAUUUCAAGAGAUCCCAGUGAAUAAUUUAUCUUGUGAGGAUGUCCGGAAGGAAUGUAGUGAGACUUGUUUUGUAGGUUCCGUUAAGCAUACCCAAUCAGAAAAUAGCAAUAAAAGCAAUAGCGCUGGGAGUGGGAAAAAUGAGGAAGCAGCAGUUCCUGAGAAGUCUUUGGAAAUCUGUGCAGAUGACUGGAGCAAGGGAAAUACACUUAAAAAUUCAAUGGGAGAAAACAUUGAACCUGUGAAAAUUUUAGUGCCUCGAGAAAGUUCGGCAUGUGAACUCAAUAAUAAAGCUUAUCCAAGCCCUGAACAAAAGAAUCUCAGUGAAGGUUCCUGUAACAAAAAAUCAAAUGUGCUAGAUAACAAAUCUGGACAGCUUACAGCAUAUGAUUUAAUUAGCAAUCGGGUAGUCAGAAAACCCAUGUCAGCAAGCGCCCUUUUUAUUCAAGAUCAUCGUGCUCAGUUUCUCACAGAAAAUUCUAAGACCAAUUUGGAGGAUACAACAGUACAAAUUGAAGAACUGUGGAAGACAUUGAGUGAAGAGAAGAAACUGAAAUACGAAGAGAAAGCUACUAAAGAUUUGGAACGAUACAAUAAGCAAAUCAAGAGAGCCACUGAACAGGAAUUACAAACAUCAUUUAAGGAUGGCAGAAAAAAGAUAAAGCCCACCAGUGCAUGGAAUUUGGCACAGAAGCACAAAUUGAAAACUUCAUUAUCUAAUCAGCCUAAACUUGAUGAGCUCUUUCAGUCCCAAAUUGAAAAAAAGAACCAAAACAUUAAAAUAGUUCAGAUCCCCUUUUCUAUGGAAAACUUAAAAAAAAAUUUUGAGAAACAUAAAUUUGACUUAGAAGAGAAGGAGGAACUUUGCUUGCUCCACAAUCUCAAGUUUCCUGAUGCGUGGUUAAUUACAUCCAAAACAGAGGUAAUGCUAUUAAAUCCUUACAGAGUGGAAGAAGCCCUGCUAUUUAAAAGACUUAUUGAGAAUCAUAAACUUCCUGCAGAGCCACUGGAAAAGCCAAUUAUAUUAACAGAGAGUCUUUUUAAUGGAUCUCAUUAUUUAGAGAUUUUAUGUAAAAUGACCACAGAUGAUCAGAGAUACAGUGGAUCAGCUUACCUGUCCGAUCCUCGUCUAACAGCAAAUGGUUUCAAGAUAAAAUGGAUACCAGGCAUUUCCAUUGCUGAAGACUACUUGGAAAUAGAAGAAAUGGCUAAUUGUCUCCCAUUCUAUGGAGUGAUGGACUUAAAAGAAAUUCUUAAUGCUAUAUUAAACAAAAAUGCAAAGGAAGUUUAUGAAUGUAGACCUCGCAAAGUGAUAAGCUACUUAGAGGGAGAAGCAGUGCGUCUAUCUAGACAGUUGCCCAUGUACUUAUCCAAAGAGGAUGUCCAAGACAUUAUCUACAGAAUGAAGGACCAAUUUGGAAAUGAAAUUAAAGGGUGUGUUCAUGGUCGCCCAUUUUUUCAUCAUUUAACCCAUAUUCCAGAAGAUACCUGAUUAAAUAUGUUUAAGAAAAUUUGUUACUAUUAAAGUUGUUUUGGUAAUAAAAUAAUAGGAGUCAGUCUUUAAA